AUGUCUAAGCUGGCGGCGUUUCUGAAGAAUAAGAAGAAGACAGGCGCUAAGAAGCCGGAGGUAGAGGAGACGGCAGCCGUGGCGGUGGUGGCCGCGCCGGCCAGCGACGCUGCGGCACCUGCUGUGUCGGCUAAGAAGGAGGCGUGGGAAGACGACGUGGUGGACGUGGAGAUUGUGCCUGUGUCGGUGGCCAAGCAGGAGAACGGUUCGGACUUCGAGGACGAGGAGAUCGACUUGCCCUCCUCAAUGGUGCGCGGCAACUUCGAGUGGAAACGGUCGGAAGAAGAAGAGCGCAAGUUAGCGGAGAAGCGGAAGCAAGCCGAGGCCGCGGCAGAGGCACAGAAGCAGGCCAGCUCCCGAGUCUUUCCUCUGGCCAAGAAGAACAGAAACAACUACGUCCUUAACGACGACGACUGGCUCUCUCUCGAAGACGCCGCCGCUAAGGAGAAAAUAGCGCCUGUACUCGAAGUCAAGGAAAAGAAGACCAGAACCAAGAAAGAGAAAAAGGUCUUUGUCCUCGGCCAGUCUGUAGCCAACAACGAAUUCCGCGUUCUGAAGUGCCGAGAUAUAUGGAACGUGGUCGAACCUUGGAAUGCUUCAGAAUAUACCUGGCCCACUUUCGCCUCCACUUCUUAA